AUGUCGGAAGCAAGUCCCGCCCCCAAAAGCAAGUCGACUCUAGGCCUGGUUUCCAAGCCCCCCUGCGCUGUCGCCCUGAUCGCCGAGGCCAAGAUAUCCCAGGAGACCGCCAAGGCCGACCACGACCUGAGGCGCCUCGUGUGCCACAUCAACCUCCUCGAGUCUCUGUACGUCGAGCUCGGCGACGCCGGCCCUCCGCUGGACGACUUGGCGUACGCCGGAGCAGCGGUCGGGGAGGACUGGUUCCGCAGCGCCCCUGGCGUCCGGCCGGGGGAUUUCUCGGACGACUGGAGGAACGCCGGUGCGAGCCGCGACCCGGACUCGUUCUGCUCGGCUCUGGGUCUGAAUCCCGGCAGGGCAGUUGCGGGCGCGGAUGCGAGACAAGGCCUCGCCACGCAGCUGGGUUGCUGCAAGAUGGAGGACGAUGGCGAGGGCUCCAGGUGCGAGGGGCGGCUGGGGAGCGGCACCUGGCUUGACAGAUGA